AUGGUUAAGGUACGUGAAAAUUUAUCAGCUAUCAACUGUAAUAGUUAUUACAAAAGUGAUCAAAUGGAAGAGGAGAAAAUGAUCGACGAGCAACAACUUGAUGCACGAAUCUCUGGGGAUCCUUUCAAAGUCAGUGGUUCAGUCGAGGGCAUAGCGAGUCUGCCUCGACGAGCGUUACUAAUUCAGUGUUGGGCUGAAAAUGUUUUAAGUCCAUCGAUUUCUGAAGAUUGUUUACUGUUGCUGGACUCCUGCUCAGGUCAGACUGAUCCUAGUAUUUAUGAUGAUAUUUUCAUUAAAAAUAUCACUUGUAAGCAAAUGCAGAUUCCACCAAAAACAACCGAUGGUAUUCAACCAUUGGAUCGUUAUUUUUUCGACAAUGGAAAUAUUUCAAACAAAAGAUUUAUGAUCGAGUGGCCAUUGAUCAAAUAA